CUGACUCGCAGUGUUGCUGAACAUUACAACCCAAAUGACAACGAGUCUAAUCCAAAGUUAUUUAGUCUCAAUCCCCGAGAAAGAACAGGCUUUGAAUGGAACAUCGAUUCCAAUGAGGAGUCUAUUUUCCAAGAGUACGGUGAUAAACAAGUCAUUAGAAGUGCGGGUUAUAUUGGUCAGGCAAGGCUAAUAAAUGCGUGCUCUCCAGAGGAUCAACUUGAAGAGGAUGCGCAGGAUAAAGUAAAAAAUAGAGCGAUGGAGUGGAAACAACUCAGACCAUCGCUAAUAUAUUCUCUUUGGAAUUCGUUGUACUUUGGAUUUCUGAUUUCUGUGUUGGCUGCAGCCCUGAUUGGAACGUUCUCUAUCAUUGUGUAUUACGUUGCCUAUCAAGUCACUUUAGUUUGCCUGGGUCGAUCGAAGGACUCCAUACCGUUGAAAAUCCAAUGGUCGAAAACCAUUUCUGAGUGCAUGGAAGUCAUUUUUAUUCAUCUUUGGUUUUUUGUUAAUACUCUGUUUUACUUUAAACCACAUCAAAUCAACGGAUUGAAAAGACAACUUAUCCUGGUAUCUUCCGUUUUCUACGUUUUAGACGCUGCUUAUCGCAUUUCUCUCCAGGCCGUCGGUAUUUCCCGAUCUGAAUUAACUCCUUUGCAAACAGUCCCGGCAAAUGUGCUAUUUCUUUUCAGUUUCGGCGUGCAAUCUUUGGUUCUUGCGAGGCGAUUUUCCCGAGCUGUCGGAGCGAGAAAAUUGACAACGUUUCUUUGGAUGAUAGGGUCGAGUGCAUUUCCAUUUAUUGUAGCUGUACUAGUUUCUAACUUCAUAUAUCCAGCGUAUGACAAGCAAGGCAAAACAGGCAAAAUCUAUAUCGCUGUGUUCACUCCUCUUAUUGCAGUUGUUCUAAAAGGAUCUUCUCGCCUCCUCAUGCAGCGUUUAUGGAGGAUUAGUCAUCCCGGAAAAACCUUUGUAUUUCUAGUACCACUGUAUUAUGGGUCUGCCGUGAUGCUAAGGCUUCUUCAAGUGGAUCUGGAUAGUUUGAAAGCAGUGGCUUUGAUCGGAGUCAUCCAUGGCGUUGCAGAGGUUAUAGAAAGGAGCAUUAUAGUCUUGAUAGACUACAUUUACCAUCAGUUGUAUGAAAGAAGACGACUUUCUUGGGGAAGUUUUCGAACCGCUCGACGUGAAAGAUUAGCAACGGAUAUUGCCAUAAUGAGUAUGUUAUGUGAAGCAAGCGCUGUUAUCUCCGUGAGCGGCUUUCUUCACUUGCAUGAAUAUUUUUACACGGAUGGCAAAACAGUACCGCAAUUACUUCAGUCGUUUGCGAUCACUUCAACAGUUCCACUGGUUAUAGAAUGGUUCUUCACGUGUUUAAGUAUAGCUAUCGAGACUCGGUAUCAGAACAGGCCAAUUCUGGCAGUCUGGCGAAGGCAAUGGAAAAGGCACUUAAUAGUUGCUACAUUAAAUACAUUUGUGAUAGCUUUAUGGGCAAGUGAACGUCUGGUCAUUGCUAUCGAGGGACGAUUUCCAGCUGUUACUGAGACUACUGCGAAAAGCCAUUUAGCCAUUUAUAGUCAGAAGUAUAAGUCUCGUAGCCGUCAGUUUGAGUUUGCAUUGACGAAUUGUUUCAAUAAGCACAUUUUUAUUUACAGCAUAGAAAAAUGUUUGGAUUAAAACUGAUUGACACAUGAUAAAUUAGUUCUUCUGCUUUGAAGAACGGAAGGGAAGUUUUCGAACCGCAGUCGACGUGAAAGAUUAGCAACAGAUACUACCAUAAUGAGUAGGCGCUGUUAUCUUUGUGAACGGCUUUCUUCACUUGCAUCAAUAUUUUUACACGGAGAACAAGACAUUACUGGAGUGAUCGCCGCAGCGGUUCCACUGGUUAUAGAGUGGUUCUUCACCAUUUUAAGUAUAGCUAUCGAGACUCGAUAUCAGAACAGGCCAAUUAUGGCAGUCUGGCGAAGGUAAUGGAAAGGGUACUUAAUUGUUGCAAUUGUUACUGCAUUGCCGAUAGCGAUUUGGACAAGCACAAGCCUGUUGAUCGCUGUACAGGGAAGAUUCCCAGUAGUAAAUAGCUAGUAGUAUGAAUUACCGGCUGAAGAGAGAACGAAAGAAUCUGCACAUGAUAAUUAUACGAAAAAUGCCUCAAUGAUCACGGGCACUGGUUGUUUAGCUGUAUAGGCACUCACUGUUGGAAACACAAAACUUGAGGGACAGCGAACAACAAGUUAUAAAGCGUUUUUAAAAAUCUGACCUAGCUGAUAUUAUAGAUCAUUUAAACAAGUACAUCAUUCAUCAGGGGCACCCAACGAGAAUAAUAUUAGUUCAAAACUACUUAAACAUAUAGUAUUGUUAAACGUAUUUUAGAAAAGUAGUUAAACGGUAGAUAUAGGCGUAUUUUUAUCCUUUAAGAAGUUUUCAUCUGUUCAGAUUUCCUAGCUGAAAGUCUCGUGAUCCGAAAAUUAUAGGGAUCAAAACUUUCUUUUUCGAAAAUUUCAGCCAGAAAAAAGGUUCCAGAAAAUUCUAGGCGACCUUUUAAGGCUAAAAAUCCGUCAAAAAUAGGCAAUUAAACCAUUUUUUAGAUGUUCGAAAAUCCUCGGAGGGGCAGGCAAGCAAGAAUUUUACGACAAAUGUUCCGAAAGUUCUAGAUCUCAAUUCGUCUUCCGAACAGAUAUUUUCCGAAAAUUGACGUUGGGUGCCCCUGAUUGAUCUGUUAAUCCUUUGAGUGUUAAUUUAUACAGUGCUUGUACCUAAGGCACAACACCACCAGCCCUUUGUUCUUUUUUCCUAAUUGUUAGAAAAAUAACGCCGUAUUCGAAUAAUUUAGGGAGUUUGCCAUCGCGAAAAGGUCCAAACCAAAACUUGACGUUUUACUUUCUAAAAGCAAUUUUUAAAAUUAGAAACCGUCAAAGUAGACUUCCACCACUCUAGAUAGCUGUCUUCAUUAACAUGCAUGCAUUUUCCAGUUAACGUUGUCUCAGUUCCAAACUCACUGAAAGCGAAAUAACACUGGUCUUUAGUCUGUAGCCGAAUAAAUUCAUCUGUAGAAAACAAAUGCCACCUUUUGACGACGGUUAGUAAGUUUUGAAACAUAUUAAUGAUUUCCAUAUAAAUGUUCUUGGUCUCAAACAGUUCUGGAACAAACCCAGAAAUAUAGGGACCGGGUAAUUUUGGAAAUAAUUUUAAACAGCAGAGAUCAAGUAAAGAGAAAUAAAAUGCUCCACCAUAGAUUUUCGGAAUGCUUUUUGAUGUCUCCAUUACUGACGUGGCAACAACUUUCUAUUGAAGUUUUGCAUGACUCAUUUGAGACAGACCAGGACCCGCUACAUUUUUCUUUUUCUUCAACAACGCCCUUUACGGAACUGGCGUGCCUCGCAUAUUUGCCUUUAAGACGUUUGACAUUGGCUAGAAAAAGGGUUUUUUUGGAAAUAAAAACUGAAAAAUAAAAGCACGUUAAAGGGAGUUUGGAAAAGAAUUUUAAAAACUUUCUAUAUUGUGCAUUAAUUCAAAUAUAGUAAAUUUGUACUGGAAAGGAAUUUCAAUUAUUGAAAUUUCCGAUAAAUUAACUCGUUGAAUUGUCAACCAAAAAAGAUAUCCUAACUGCACACAAACCUAGCCUUUAGAACCCUUUUAGGUCAGGAAAAUAUGAGCAGUCGCCCCAUCAGGGAAUUCAAGAUAGUCUUGGAUUCUGGAUUCCACGCCGUGGAUUCCGGAUUCUCAGGUACUGGAUUCCAAUCUUUAGAAGGAUUGCGGAUUCCUUGAGCUGUAUUUCGUUUCCAAUGCCCAGGAUUCCUGAUUCCACAAGCAAAAAUUUCUUGGAAUCCGGAUUCCCUUACAGGGGGGCUAAAGCAGAAUACUAAAACUAAAUACGUUCGGAAGCUUUUUUAGAAUCCAAGGAAAAAGUCCAGUGGACGAAAUUGCUUUCGACUGCUUGAAUUGCCGUUAUCUAUAAAAACACAGAGUGCUGGGUUAGCUUCAGUAAAAUGGUUAGAAACCUGGAUUCCUGCCGCUGAGUAGAAAACACAAAUCGAUCACCACGUACGUAGCACAGUUUUCGAUCGAUCCUGGUCAAAGCAAAGGCUGUUCAGGUCUUCAAAUAUACUCGAAAUAGCAGAUGUCAUCCGUUUGCACUUUUGACGUCAUUUUGACAUCCUCGGUCACUAUGACAAAAUUCUUUCCAAAUUUGAUCAACGGUAGCUGGUUAUAGUGCAAUAAGGCGCCGUGUGGUCUUAACCAAUCAGAAACAGGGAAAUAUUUUGAAUGAAUAAUAAUAAUGUACAAUGUAUGCUGCCUUAAAUUUGAGAAGGAGUAGAUAACCUUGCUUAAAGCGCAUGUAUAGAACCAGCAACACUCGACAGGCGAGCAUUUGCUUUUGGAAAUGUUUACCCACUGUUUGAGAGCGUCCUACAGCGCCAACGUAUGGCUGCCGGAAAACUAAUAUAGGACACCAGGACUUAGAAAUGGAUUACGUCCUUUAAUAAGGGACUAUCAUUUUCCAAUUGUCUCAGUUCAUGCUAACCUCACUGAAAACGAAAUAACGCAAUAACCCUUGUCGUUAGUCUGUAGCCGUAUAAAUUCAACUGUAGAAAUUAAAAUAAUUAUCACUUUUUAAGACGACGUUUAAUAAGUUUCGAAACAUCUUAAUGAUUUCAUUUUUCAUACAAACGUUCUAGGUCUAAAAUAUUAUACUGGAACCAACCCGGCAGCAUUAGGUACCGGGUAAUUUUAGAACUUAAAGUAGGAGCAUGUAACCGUUCUUAAACCGGAUGUAUAAAACCAGUAACACUCGACAUCAACUAGCAUUCGCUCUUGGAAAUGUUGCCCCCUCUGUUUGAGAGCGGUCUACAGCGCCAACAUAUAGCUGCCAUAAAACUAACAUAAGACAUCAGGACUUAGACAUCAGGUUCAGUGGUCAUUAAAACGGUAAAAAGCUCCAUCGAGAAUAGGUCAAUCUAAACAUCUUGGCUGUAGUUAUGGUUGGAAGUUCUCUUGUUGAAGUGUGCGGAAGAAUAAUUUUUGGACUAACUCGCAGUGUUGCUGAACAUUACAACCCAAAUGACAACGAGUCUAAUCCAGAGUUAUUUAGUCUCAAUCCCCGAGAAAGAACAGGCUUUGAAUGGAACAUCGAUUCCGAUGAGGAGUUUAUUUCCCAAGAGUAUGGUCAGGCAAGGCUUAGAAAUGCCUGCUCUUCAGAAGAUCAACUUGAAGAGGAUGCGCAGGAUAAACCAAAAAAUAGAGCGAUGGAGUGGAAACAACUCAGACCAUCGCUAAUAUAUUCUCUUUGGAAUUCGUUGUACUUUGGAUUUCUGAUUUCUGUGUUGGCUGCAGCCCUGAUUGGAACGUUAUCUAUCAUUGUGUAUUACGUUGCCUAUCAAGUCACUUUAGUUUGCCUGGGUCGAUCGAAGGACUCCAUACCGUUGAAAAUCCAAUGGUCGAAAACCAUUUCUGAGUGCAUGGAAAUCAUUUUUUUUCAUCUUCGUUUUUUUAUCAAUACUCUGUUUUACUUUAAAUCGCAUCAAAUCGUGGGACUGAAAAGAAAACUUUUCCUGGUAUCUUUCGUUUUCUACGUUUUAGAUGUUGCUAGUCGCAUUGCCCUUCAGGCCCUCGGUAUUUCCCGAUCCGAAUUAACGCUUUUGCAAAUAGUCCCAACAAAUGUGCUAAUUUUUUUCAGUUUAGGCGUGCAAUGUUGGGUUCUUGCAAGGCGAUUUUUCCGAGCUGUUGGAUCGAGAAAACUGACAACGUUUGUUUGGAUGACAGGGUCGAGAGCUUUUCCAUUUAUUGUAGGUAUACUGUUUUCUGGCUUCAUCUAUCCAGCGUAUGAUAAGCAAGACAAAACAGGCAAAAUCUAUAUCGCUGUGUUCACUCCUCUCAUUACAGUUCUUCUGAAAGGAUCUUCGCGCCUAUUUUUGCAGCGUUUAUGGAGGAUAAGUCACCCGGGAAAAACCUUUGUAUUCCUAGCACCACUGUAUUAUGGGUCUGCUGUGGCGCUAAGGCUUCUUCAAGUGGAUCUGAAUAUUUUGAAAGCAGUGGCUUUAAUCGGAGUCAUCCACGGCGUUGCAGAGGUUAUAGAAAGAAGUGUUAUAGUCUUGAUUGACUACAUUUACCAUCAGAUUUAUGAAAGAAGGCGACUUUCUUGGGAAAGUUUUCGAACCGCUCGACGUGAGAGAUUAGCAACAGAUAUUGCCAUAAUGAGUAUGCAGUCUGAAGCAAGCGCUGUUAUUUCUGUGAACGGCUUUCUUCACUUGCAUCAAUAUUUUUACACCGAGGACAAGACACUACUGGUAUUAUUUCAGUCGUUUGUGAUCACUACAGCAGUUCCACUGGUUAUAGAGUGGUUCUUCACGUGUUUAAGUAUAGCUAUCGAGACUCGAUAUCAGAACAGGCCAAUUAUGGCGGUCUGGCGAAGGCAAUGGAAAAGGCACUUUAUAGUUGCAAUUGUAAAUGCAUUGGCAAUAGCAAUUUGGACAAGCACAAGCCUGUUUAUUGCUGUACAGGGAAGAUUCCCCGAAGGAAAAAGCUACUGCGAAUUACCGUUUACUCGUCUAUAG